AUGGCUAGGAAUGGUAUGAGUGCCACAUUGCAAAGGCCACUAUAUGCUCCCCCAUUGGCUGAAUUUAUUCUCCAAACCGAGGCACCUAGAGGAAUGAAGGCUUCCUUCACAUGGUUCACUUCUUUGGCCCCAAAUUCGAUUGAUUCGUGGUCCAAGUUAGAAAAGAAGUUCCAUGAACAGUUUUUCGAAGGGCACUCCAAAAUCAGUUUGGCAGAAUUGUCUAGCAUUAUGAGAAGGUUUGCUGAGAGUAUAAACGAUUUUCUGAAUAGAUUUAGAUCAUUAAAGGCCAGUUGCUUUACACAAGUACCAGAACAUGAACUUGUUCAAAUGGCUGUAGGGGGGUUAGAAAAGGUUAGACACAGUAAGGCGAAGAAGGAAAAAAUAGCUUUCGUCGAUUAUGAUGCGACAUAUCCAAUAUGUGAGGCUGAUUAUGCCUCAUCAACCAAAUUAGAAAUUGACGUGGCUGAGUUAAAGCCAGGAUCUGCUGAUGAGUGUCGGUUAUUACUUCCUGCACAAGGGAAAAAUCCUGUCGAAAACAAUCCAAAAUUCCCUUCAAAAACUUAUACAUUUGAUGUGACAAAAUGUGAGGACAUUUUUUAUUAG